GCCUGAGAAGGUGGGGUUUGUGGCGCUCACGCCUAACAUUCCGGGCUUUCUCGUCUGGCUGUAUUCGCUGAGAAUUCUGACGAGAACGUAACUGCCUCUGCGGAGGGCAUCGCACCAAUGUCUUCCGUGCUGUCCUAUGAAAGCCUAGUCCACGCCGUUGCUGGAGCCGUGGGAAGUGUAACUGCAAUGACAGUGUUUUUUCCCUUGGAUACAGCUCGGUUGCGACUUCAAGUUGAUGAAAAAAGAAAGUCCAAAACUACCCACAUGGUGCUCCUGGAGAUCAUUAAAGAAGAAGGCCUCCUGGCACCAUAUCGAGGGUGGUUUCCAGUCAUCUCAAGUCUCUGCUGCUCCAAUUUUGUCUAUUUCUACACUUUCAAUAGCCUUAAAGCAGUCUGGGUCAAAGGUCAACGCUCUACUACAGGAAAAGAUCUGGUAGUUGGAUUUAUUGCAGGAAUUGUGAAUGUGUUGCUAACAACUCCACUCUGGGUAGUAAACACCAGACUGAAGCUGCAAGGGGCAAAAUUUAGGAAUGAAGACAUUGUACCAACAAACUACAAAGGUAUUAUAGAUGCUUUCUACCAGAUCAUUCGAGAUGAAGGAAUCUUAGCCUUAUGGAAUGGUACAUUUCCCUCCUUGCUAUUGGUCUUCAAUCCUGCCAUCCAAUUCAUGUUCUAUGAAGGUUUAAAACGACAGAUUUUAAAGAAGCGAAUGAAGCUUACUUCUAUGGAUGUGUUCAUCAUUGGUGCAAUAGCUAAAGCAAUUGCCACCACAGUCACCUACCCCAUGCAGACGGUACAGUCAAUUCUGAGGUUUGGACGUCACAGACUAAACCCAGAAAACAGAACAUUAGGGAGUCUUCGGAAUGUUCUCUAUCUUCUGCACCAACGAGUAAGAUGUUUUGGAAUAAUGGGGCUCUACAAAGGUCUGGAAGCCAAACUGCUGCAGACAGUCCUCACUGCUGCUCUGAUGUUCCUUGUUUAUGAGAAACUGACGGCUGCUACCUUCAGAGUUAUGGGGUUGAAGAGUGUACAGAAACACUGAAGAGCCAGACUGCAAAGUGUGGAGAUGGGGGUUUCCUUCUGUGUGAACAGAAGUGACUCUGCUUUUUCUCUUCCUCCCUCCACCUUGAACUUCACCCUCAUUGGUUUGAAAUGCAUCUAAGGGUAAACAUGGUGACUAGCCAGCUGAACCCACUAUCAACUUCAUUCUUAUAUUGGUUGGUUGAAUUGUGUAAGAGAGGAUGGACUAAUAUAUAUAUGCCAUUGAAAACCAAAAAAGGAAAGUUAUAGGGGAUAUUGGUUUCCAUAUGGGAAAUGGAUUCUUGUCUGUCAUAUGUAAUCUUUUCCAGUUAAUUCUUUUUUAAAAUCCAAGUUGUUCCCUUUCUUUGAACCCUCCUUCAGGUUCUAGGGCAUAUUUUAUGCCUUGUAGUUCUCUUAAUACACUUACAUAUGUCUUAGAAUUUUUCUCACUAAAAAUACUAUGACUGUGCUGUGGGCAUGA